AUGGAUUGGAAUCAACAAACAAACCAAUAUCAACAACCUCAACAACCACAAGGAGGAUAUAAUCCUUAUAAUAAUAAUAAUAAUAAUAACAACAACAUGAACCAACAAAGAUUUGGUGGUGGUGGUGGUGGUAACCAAGGUUAUAAUAGCAACCAAGGCUAUAAUAAUAAUAAUAAUAAUAAUAGUAAUAAUAUGAAUAAUAUGGGGGGUGGCAUGGGCAAUAUGGGUAUGAAUAAUAAUAAUAUGGGUGGUAAUAUGGGUAUGAAUAAUAAUAAUAAUAAUAUGAACAAUAUGAACAAUAUGAACAAUAUGAAUAAUAUGAAUAAUAUGAAUAAUAAUAUGGGUGGUGGUGGUGGUGGAAAUAUGGGAAACCAAAAUUUCAAUAACACUAUGAAUAUGAAUAAUAAUAUGAAUAAUAAUAAUAAUAUGAAUAAUAAUAAUAUCAAUAAUAACAUGAAUAAUAAUAUGAAUAAUAAUAACAAUAUGAAUAAUAUGGGUGGUGGUAGCAGUGGUGGUGGUAAUCAAAAUUUCAAUAAAUAUCAAAACUAUAAUUAUAACCAAUAUGACCCAAGAAUGAACCAACAAAAUAACAACAACAAUAAUAAUAAUAUCAAUAACAAUAGCAAUAAUAAUAAUAAUAAUACAUUGGUUAAUAGGACAUCACCAAAUCAACAAUCUUCAGGUGGAGUUGUAAGUGGAGGUGGUAAUAGACCAAUGGGAAAUAAUAUGAAUAAUAAUAAUAUGAAUAAUAAUAUGAAUAAUAAUAAUAUGAAUAAUAACAUGAAUAGUAGCAUGAAUAGUAACAUGAAUAGUAACAUGAAUAGUAACAUGAAUAAUAAUAAUAUGAAUAAUAUGGGUGGUAUGAGUAACAAUAAUAUGAAUAAUAAUAAUAAUAACAUGAAUAACAAUAUGAAUAUGGGCAGUGGUAUGAAUAACAUGGGAAUGAAUAAUAUGAAUAAUAUGAAUAAUAUGAAUAAUAAUACUACUACAAUGAAUAACAAUAAUAUGGGAAAUGAUAAUAGAAAUAGUUCAAACCAAAACUACAAUAACCAAAAUAAUAAUCAAAAUAAUAAUCAAAAUAAUAGUGGCAACACUGUUAUGGGAAUUAAUAUCAAAGAUUUCCCUAGAGGUAGUGGAUCAUCAUGGGGUAAAGGUAGUAAUAAUAUGAAUAGCAAUAAUAACAAUAAUAAUAGUAUAAAUAGAUCGAAAUCUUAUAAAAGUAAAGAUGGCUAUAGUGGUGGUGGUAGUAGAGAUUAUAGCGGUGGUGGCGGUGGUGGUGGUAAUAGAAGUGGAGGUGAUUUCACUAAUAAAUAUCGUGAUAAAGGUUCAUAUUCAUCCUCAUCAACUUCAUCAACAUCAUCUUCAUCAACAUCAUCAUCUAAAAAAGAUUAUGAAAAGGAAAGUAGAAAAUCAACAGAAUCAUCAUCUUCAUCAUCAACCUCGUCUGGUGAUAAGAAAUAUUCAACAAAGAUACCAUCACAUCAAUUCACUCAAGAGAACUAUGACUAUUCAUCAUUGAAAAAUAUAUUCAGUCGUUUACAAAUUUCACCAGAUUUCACUCGUUUAGUUUCAAGUUGGAUCGAUUCAACUGGUGGUGAAGAGCCACAACAACGUAUCGAGGUAAAUCAAAAUAUACCAUUCUUAAUUGAUAUUAAGGAUUUUGGUUUUGAAAAAGUUGAUAUCCAUAAAACUUCCUUCAGUAAACAACAGCAACAGCAACAACAACAACAACAACUUAAUAAAUCAACAACUCAUAUCAAAUAUAAUUCAAAAGUAAUGUUAUAUUCUUUCUACUCAAAUAUUGAAGAUCCUUCAAUUACAAAGAAAAUUAAAUUUUUAGUUUCUAAAGAAGAUAAAGAUAUCUCUUGUAUUGGUGGUACUUGGUUACCAGAUUUAGAUGGUGAAGAUGUUAAUGAUCCUCAAACUUUAAUUAAUACUGCAAUUCGUACAACUAAAGAAUAUACUCAAAUUGAUUUAAGUGGAUGCAAAAAAUGGUAUAAAUUUAUGGAAGUUCAUUAUUAUAGACCACCAACUGAAGAACAAUCAUAUUACCAAGAGAUUACCGUUAUAUAUGUACCAGAUAUCACUGAUAUUCAACCAAUGGAUGUUGAUUCCUUAUUAAAAGUUCCAACAGUUUCUGAAACAACACCAUCAGCUCCUGUUGGAGUUACUACCGCUACUACUAAAACUACUGAAGAAGAAGAGGAGGAAGAUCAAGCUCCAAAAGAUCAUGUUUCAAAAGAUUUUGAUAAUGAUGAAACUUCUAGUAAUACUGAACAAAAUCAACCACCAAAAUCAUCAACAACUUCAAAUACAACUAAACCAGCAGCAGCAGUACCAACAACAACAGCAGCAACAGCAACAACAACUCAUGGAUCAUUACAUUUACCAAAGGCUUCAAAGUUUUAUAAUGUCAUAACACCAUCAUCAGAAGGUAAUAGAUAUAAGGCAAUGAUGUUAUCUCUUGAUGGUUUAUUAGAUUAUGAUGAAUCCGAUACAC